AUGCAGGUCCCAACUGUAACGCUGGAAGACCUCCAGGCCUUCCAAGCCAAGCACUUUCCCAGUCAACAGCCGUCCACGUUCCCUCCUGAACACGAUGAGACCACGGAAGAUGACCUUGGAUACUACCCAGACGGAGUGAAGCGCACUCUCACUGAUGAAGAAAUCCAGAUUUUCAGACACAGUGAGAUACACGCUCUGCUGCGACAGAGGCAGCGACAACAGGAAGAAGCAGAAUACGAAUCUCGCAUGCAUUCAUCGCUAGCUGAUGGAUCGGAGAGUAAGCUAGAUCAUGCAUCUGAGAAGCGGCCUCUGGAUGACAAGUCGCAUCCUCCGGGUGGUGACAAGAAGCGAUCACGGCCACGCCAAGGAUCCAAGAAACAUACUGUUGAGGAUACAAAUUCCGAGCCCCUGGACUACGGAGAUGACACUCAAGAGCCACAGGCCGCAGAAAGACCAGCGGUGUCGCAGAUGCCCUACCAAAGUCGCAGGAUUAUCUCCUACGAUGACUGA